UUUGUUUUUUUAUUCUCAGUGCUGGUGCCCUCACGCCCCCGGACCUGCCCCCCCACUGCUGAGCUCAGGACAGUGACACGGCCUCUGCUCCCCAGCCCAGCGGCAGCCAUGGCUGCAGAGAGCCCCGUGGAAAGUGUCCGGGAGGAAGCGCCGCGUCCCGUCUGCCUGGAGGAUUUCACAGCCCCUGUCGCUCUGCAGUGUGGGCACAAUUCCUGCCAGGCCCCCCUCAGCCCUCAGGGCAGAGACACUGAGCAGCAGGGUAAUUGGCAGCUGGUAAACAUGGUGGAACUAGCCAAGCCGCUGAGUUUCCAGUCAUCAAAGAUAGCAAGAUGGGACGGGGUGUGUGGGGAGCACCAGGAGGCUCUGAAGCUGUUCUGUGAAGAGGAUCAAACUCCUAUCUGUGUGGUGUAUGACAAAUCCCAAGCUCACAUGCUGGUGCCCUUACAGGAAGCUGCCCAGGAGUACAAGUUUCUUCAGGAAAAAUUGGAGGCUCAUUUGAAGACUCUGAGGGAGGAGAGAGAAAAGCUGCUGAGAAGGAGAACAACAGCAGAAGGGAAAAGCCAGGAGUAUCUGGUUUCCUGCCUCAGCAAGGGGAUCAGUGAACUGGAGGGGACGUGUCAGAAGCCAACAAGUGAAUUCCUGCAGGACGUCAGAAGCACCCUGAGUAGGUGUGAGAUGGGGCAAUUCCAGCUGCCGGAAGAGAUUUCCCCUGAACUAGAAGAACAAGUCAGAGGUUUUUCCCAGAAAAUGAUUGCUCUGUUGGGGAGACUGAGGGAGUUCAAAGACACUCUGCCCUCUGCACUGGAGAGAGCAAGAGGAAAAUCCCUGGGAGCUUUCAAACAAGGCUGCAGAACACCCAUGUCUGUCUCCAGCUCAGCCCUUGGCCAGCAGAGUCAAGGACAGGAAAUGGCCGUGGCGGAGCUGGUGAGCUUCGAGGAGGUGGCUGUGUAUUUCUUUGAGGAGGAAUGGGCUCUUCUGGACCCGGGCCAGAGAGCCCUCUACAGGGAUGUGAUGCAGGAGAAUUAUGAGGCUGUGAGCUGGCUGGGAUUUCCAGUCUCUGAAGCUCAUGAGAUCUCCUGGGUGGAGCAAGAGGAGGAGUUGCAGGUCCCAGAUCCCCAGAGCUGUGAGGAAGGAGAGAUCAUCAACAACACCCAUGCAGGUGAUGGGAUGCUGACUGAAAACCAUGAGAAGAGUCUUCAGAAGGAAGGACUGGAGCAAGUGGCUCCAUGUGGGAUGUUACUGGGAAGACCUGAAAGGCAUGUUCCCCAGAUAUGUGAGCAGGGAGAGACCUGCGAGAGUCAGCACAGAAACCAUCAAGGAGAGGGACAGGGUAAAUCCAGUCAUAGGAGCAGAGGGGAGAAAAAAAGCACAGAAACUGUUCAACAGAAAAUCCCCAAUCAGCAGUCACCCUGCACUUGUUGUGACUAUGAAACUCUUAUUGAACAUCGAAGAGCCCACACAGGAGAGAUACCUUUCAGUUGCUUUGACUGUGGGAAAAUCUUCAGUAGCAACUCACAACUUGUUACCCAUAGGAGGAUCCACACAGGAGAAAAACCUUUCAAUUGCUCUGACUGUGGAAAAAGCUUCCGUACAAGUUCAAAUCUUGGUAGUCACAGGAGGACCCAUACAGGAGAGAAACCCUUUACUUGCUCUGACUGUGGGAAAAGUUUCAGUAUAAGUUCAGACCUUGGUAAACACAGGAGGACCCACACAGGGGAGAAACCUUUUACCUGUUCUGACUGUGGGAAAAGCUUCAGUACAAGUUCAAAUCUUGGUAAUCAUAGGAGGACCCAUACAGGAGAGAAACCCUUUACUUGCUCUGACUGUGGGAAAAGUUUCAGUAUAAGUUCAGACCUUGGUAAACAUAGGAGGACCCACACAUGAGAGAAACCCUUCAACUGCUCUAACUGGGAAAUGCUUCAGGGAGAAGUCUGUCCUUGUUAGACAUUGGAGAAUCCACACUGGAGAGAAACCCUUCAUUUGCCAAAGAACUCAGUGUCUAUGAUGCCACUGUAGCUCAGGCUCAGGCCCUGGCAAAAAUUCAAUGGAACAAUGUGCGUAACUGACCUGAAUGUGUGAAAACCUUCAGUGAGAGUUCAGAACUUAUUAGACAGGAGAAUCUACACUGAAGAGCAAUCCUUCAGCUUCUCUUGUGCCAUGACUGGUACCACACCUUAUACAUAUGAAGGCUAUAAAAAUCAAUUGCAUCAACUCCAAAUAAGUUCUUAUGAUCCCAAAGAAUCUGCCAUAUUUUCAGGUCAAUUUAUGCUUUAGAUCCUGCCUGAAAGAGCACGCUGUGCUAGUCCUUUAGAAUCUAAAAGCAAACAUGUAUUAAUAACAAAAGAGAAAAUAUUGAGAGUAAAAUUGUUAAAGGAAACAAAUUGAAUACACUAAUUGCACUGUUCCUGGUGCGGGGUUGUAGCAAUGAUGAAAAAAGACUAUUUUAAAUCUCGCUGGAGCACAUCCCUUUGUUAGGGUGGGUCACCAGUCCUUCUGGGCUCAAUUCAUAGCAAAGAUGUUCCUGAAGUGAUGAGCUGGAAUGAAGAUGGAGGAACCCCCAGGGAUCUCUUUAUACCCUUGACCACGGGGAGAUAAUUCCAUUGUUCUCACUGUAUGAAUGUAACUCUGAAAAUUGAGUUUGUCACAGAAGCAAGUCAUCUGUCCAUGCAUGACUCAGUCCUUUUAGGCAAGUAGCCAUGCCUUACAUGCUGGUCUGAAGUUACACAUCAAACUCUUCAGCUGUGAAUUGAUGCUAUUUGAGGUGCAUUGUCAGUCAAGUAUUGAUGCUCAUUUGGCUAGUGACCCUUUCACAGUAAGUUCAGGCCUGUGUAUUGGGGUCAAUGUGUGAGCUCUUCUAUAAGCAUUUUCUCCUCCUAUUGGGGAAGGUAGCUGGGCAGGACCAGCCUGCAGCCCAAGUCUCUUUCAGCCUCAGGUGCAGGAUGUGACUGAGAGGGGAGGAGAGGCUGUGGAUAGAACCUCCUCCCAGCAGGCUGACCCAGCACAGAGUCUGUGCAUGUUGGAGCCUUUCCCAGAAGGACUUUGGUCUGUUCUCUUCAAAAUACUAGCCUGUUUCAUUUUUUGCUUCUGAACAUCUGUCCUGGAUAGUCAACUCAAGGGCUAUGUCUACAUUGCUCUUAUUCACCCAGGCGUGUGACCUGUACUGCCUGCGCAGGGAAGGAGCUGCCUGAGAAAUGUGCUUGGCUGCUGUGAGUGUCUCCCAGUCAGACCCUGCCUCUAACCCCCCAGCCCCUUCUUUCCUGCAUAGACAAGAGAUCCUGGGUUCAACUCCCAGUAGUGCCUUGCUGUGGCCCUUUGCUCACAUUUUCCUGUGCCUCCUCUGGCCCUGCUGGUUCAGGAAAAGGCUGAUUGGGGAGGCUCCUUAGGGAGAAGGAAACCAGAAGCCUGGAGCGGGUGCAGAGGCUUCUGUGACUGGCACCAGCAAGGCAAGGUUCUGAAUCCCACUCUAAGUCCCUAGGUACCAUACACUGACCACUGAGUCCUGCUCCAUGAUCAUCCCAGUGCUCUGGGUGUGUGAGACGUGCCUGUAACUCAGUGGUGGGAGGGUGGGCCCUGCCCUGCCUCGUGGGGGAGGGGACAAACAGAGCCAAUUGACAGGGGCUCUGACACUCCAGCAGUGGGGCACUUGCACCCCUUAUCCGGAUUCAGACCAGGGCAGUCACAGCCUCUCACGCUCGCCAAGGGGGAUUCUGCACUUGCUGCCUUGGGAGCCAGGGUCACAUUGCAGAGCUCCCCCAGGGAUGUCCCAUGGCACCACCAGGUCAGCCCCAGCUGCUUUCCCUGCCCUCAGCAAUGUGGCUGCAUUUUAUCCUCCCCCUUCAGUAACAACCGGCCAUUCCCCACCCAACCCCAUCCCCUGUGGGACCUGCUCCCUUCCCCAGGAGCGGCGUGAGUGCCGGAGUGCUGAGGUUGCAGCUAUGGGAGACAAGCCUCUGGCUUCAGGAGGGAGAUGAGAUGUCUGGGUGUUGAGUUUCGCCCAUGGCUAGUGUGGGGUGACCCACAUUCUGGGGGCAGCUGGAGGUGCCUCCUGAGAACUGAUUUUCAGGGGUGGGAUCAGCCCUUUCUGUGUUUCUGGCUCCUUCUAAGGGCUCAAAACUGGUACCUAAAAGCUGAGGAAUGUGCAUUUGGAAGAGGGAAUUUCUGACUCUUUACUGUCAAAGGAGUGCCCCAGUGGCCUAAUGGUCAAGGCAUUGGCUUUCUAAGCCAGGGAUUGUGGGUUCAAGUUCUGUUUAGGGUGGCAGUUGUGAUAUUCCCCAGCAGAUGCAAACUCUCCUUGGCUUCCUUUUCGACAUGGCAUCUGAGAGAUGUUUGAACACUGGGCAAGUGUCCCCUGGAAUUGCCAUUUUCCCCCAGACAGGACCCCUUAGGAGCAGACACUGACACUGGUGUUAGGCGCAGAUGGGGAGAGUGUUUCCUAAAAGCUGAGGUGUGCACAGUGAGGUCACUUUCAGAGAUGCAGGCACUGGCUUCUCUGUAUGCGCCUUGGCACCUGUUAUCCAUCGGUACCCGCCAACUCUCACCCCCCGGCAGCACCCAGACAGAAGGCCCGUGCACACGGAGCCAGCGACUGUAGCGAGAGAGGUGGCUGCAGCACAAUUCCAGGCCUGGGGCACAUUGAACAACUGUUUGACUUAUUUUUUAAAAAAAUAUGAAAAACUUUAGGCUCCAUUUACACUGCAGGCUUCUUGCAUGAGAACUGUUUUGGGCAAGAGUUCUUGUGCAAGAGCAAGUCCACACGGCCAUAUACUUUCCCCCAAGAGGGAGGGAGAGCUGAGUGGUUUGACCAUUAGCUUCCUAAACCCAGGGUUGUGAGCUCAGCCCUUGAGGGAGCCAUUGAGGCAUAUGUGGCAAAUCUGUCAAGAAUGGUCAUUAACCCUGCCAUGAGUGCAGGGCGUUGGACUAGAUGAUCCCUCAAGGUCCUCUCCAGAGGUGGUAUAUCUCCUUAUAAAGAGCGUCCAUGGCAGUGUGGAUGCUCUCUUGGGCAAGAAACCUCUCA